UUUUUUUUCGCUUGUACUAAAUUUGUUGCUCAAAAUGAACGUGAUGUAAUUUUUAUAUUCAUAAUGAUGGAAAUUCCCUCCAACAAAAUCCAAAAUACCGUGAAAAUAUUUAUUGUUCAUUUGCGAUAAAAAAGUGAGGUGAUUACUAAAUUCCACGGUUAGGUUAGUAAACACAAACAGAGGAAGCUAUUAUUCGGUAUACACAAGGCCGGUAUAAAAAGCAUCAUAUCCCACUAGCUUCAAGAAAAUCUAAAAUAGUAGCUUCAUGCUACAGUAGAAUUCACUGCCUAUUUAUAAAAUAAAUUAAUAUUGAAGGAGGAUUGCAGCUUGGUAGUAGUGUUUGCAGUUGAUCAAUUUCAGACGAUCAUCAACACAUAAAAUGAAGAACACUCUUCAAAGAGAGGCCUGGGGCGCUCCUUUUGGGAAUAUUUCUCUUGAUGAAACUGAAAGACUCAUUUUGUUAAUACUGAUGUUUUCUUCUGUAUUUAACGUCAACGGUGUAGAUUUAUUUGUAUAUGAUGAAUUGCGAUUAGAUAUUAGAGGACGUGUUGAAAUAUUAGUAGAUGGCAAAUGGGGAAGUUUUUGUGAUUAUAAAUGGGGCCCCAAUGAGAGUAAUGCUGUUUGCAGGAAGCUUAGCAACACAGGAGGUUCAGAAAAUAUAACUGGCGACGCCGGCGACAACAUACGACAAGUUAAUUUCAAUGUCAACUGCAGUAAUGAAAAAGAUUUUGACAAAUGCAAGUUUGAGAAAUUAGAGUUUAAGUGUCCACCCGACAGGUAUGCCGCAGUGCGAUGUCAAGAUAGAUAUGCAGAUGUAACCGAUGACGGUGGAAUAGACCUAACUGAAAUUGUAGGCAUAUGUGUGUCCUUUGUUAUCCUCAUCACCAUAAUAAUAAUAGGCCUAUUAUUAUUAUACCGAAAUCAUUUCGUAACUCAAGUCCGUGAGCCCAGCAGUCCCCAAAAUCAUCACGCUGUAGAUUACAUGCCGCAGUGGGUAGUACUAUAUUCAACAAGCGUAGACAUGUCGUUCGGUUCGCCAAGAACAGACCUACCUGGUCCAGGGUUUACAAAUCCGUCAACCGUUCCUGCAGGUGUUGUUGAGGCAAUGUCACCAUCAAUACAACCAUUGCCUGACGUACCUCCACCUCCACCACCUACAUCAGAGGAAAGACUACCUGAACUACAUGAGUUAGAGAAUUUCGGGGGAUAUGAUGAGCCGCCUCCUCCUUACACUGGAAGAGGAACUCCGGCGCCGCCGUCAACUUCCGAUAUUGAAAGCCCACCCAGUUAUGAAUUAUCAAUUUGAAAUUGACAGUAGACAUAAUUUUCUACCACCAAAAAAAGAAGACGUAUGGGGGGGGGGGCGAUAUCCCUGACGAAAGAAGUGGACGUUGGUGGUAGUCGCUCAAAAUCUCUCGAAAGAGUUCCGUGAGGGCGAAGCGCAAGAAAAAUAUGACAAUUUUGGGGUUUCAAAGGCUUAUUUAAUCGAUUUCAGAGCCUACUAAUAAUGUAUAAAAAAA